AAAAUAUAUAUGGUCACGCACUCACGCCCGAACCUAUCGAGCCAGUCCCUUCAGCGCAGAUCGUCGGCGCCGCCCCGUCUGGCCGCAACGCCGCCUAGGCCGCAACGCCGCAUGGCUCACGAGCUCGCCCGCAACGCCGCCCCGGCCGGCGGCUCGCCUUCCCCUGGCCACCCUGCCCCUGGUAGGUGGCUCGCUAGAUCCCGGCCGCCCUGCUCCCGGCCGGCGGCUCGCCAGAUCCCGGCUGCCCCGUCCUCCACCUGCAGUCCCACCCCGUACCGACGGCUCGCCCUCCACCUGCAGUUCCGCCCCCAACCGGCGGAUCGCCGGAGCCCGGUCGCGCCGUGGCGUUCUUGUGCACGCGCAGCACGUACGGGGACGGCAGCUGGGUUUCAAAGUUUGGAAAUUUUGUUGGAGAAGGGACCAGAGACAAAGGGAGUAGUAUUUGGUUAAACUGAGUAUCUAUCAGUUUAUAGAACGAGUUAGAAGCUUUAUUUACUUAACCAUGGAGAACAAAACUAAAUAUACUAUAGCAUUAAUGUAUUUCUCUGGACGGUAUGUUACGGCCAUUUCAGCGAAUAUAGUAACAAAUUAGCGCACUUCUCUGUUGUGAAUAUUAUUUUUGUGUUAAUGUGUUUUUUGCUGUCGGAUUUGUAACUUAUUGCUGCUCUGGGCAGAUUUCAGACCACGCGGCGGCUGCUGAGAGU